UGAAUUAGACGAAGAUGAAAAAGAUGACAAUAGCAAUCAUUCUAUAAACACUGAAUGUUUGGAUGCUGAUCAAUCAGUUAAUAAUCGCAAUCAAGCGCAAGAUGCCGAUGACAGACAAAUUGAGCAUGGCGAUUUCGAAAGACUUUUCAAUCUCUUGAGGGACAUUCGCACAGAAAUGAGGACUAGUUUUAACAGAAUCCGUCAACAAAUUAGAACUGUUACCAAACCAGACAUCUUGCCAAUGAAGACAAUAAAUAGUGUCGAGGAAUUCAACCAAUGUGAUGAUCAACUAUAUACUGACGUUGUUGACUUUCUUACACACAUCGGAGGCUUUGAUAUACGAACUGCUCUUAAUUUAUGCAUGAAAGAAAUCAUGACAGAUGAACUGUCACUUUCUUAUUCGUGGUGGGGAAAUCAAUUAGAUAGAACGCUAUCAUUUCACUCAACAAAAUUGGUCAAUGCUAUACAAGAUGCCAUGGCUAAUAACGAAUAUUUUGAUCCUCCAACACAAGCUGAAUUUAAAGCGGGAAUGCAAGAGGCUUUGCGCGUUGCAAAGCAAAGAUACAGGAACUCUCAACGAAGAGCAAACCUUCCUGCUGGAGAUCAGAGAAGACGACGAGGUUGACGCGGAAUAAUAAUAUUAAAAAAUUGCCUAAUAUAUAUUAAAUAGAAAAAAUAUUUUAUAUGAUUAUACUUUUAUAUAGU